AGCGCUAUUCGAGGAUUUUUGGCUCCACCUUAUAUACUCGUUAUUCUGUUGCAACAGGAUCUUCCCAUUCAUCUUAUUAUUAUUUCUUCAUUUUCCCAUGCAUUCCUUACAAGAUACCCAACAUCAGUUUUGCCAAGCAUUAGCCAUUGUUCGCACAUUGCCAGACGACGGUCCACUGCAACCUUCCGCGACCGAAAAACUCCGUUUCUAUGGACUCUACAAACAGGCCACUCAAGGCGAUUGCACUCUUUCUCCACCACCGGCCACGAACAAGAUUCAAUACGCGAAAUGGAAAGCUUGGCAAACCAUGAAAUCUCUAAAUCCAGUCCAAGCGCAGAAACUCUACGUCAACUUGCUGGCCAAAUUGCUGUUGGAGUUUAUUGAAGACCAUCCUGAACACGAUCAAUAUGUGGAGUUUCUUCAAUAUUUACAAUUGGACGAUCUAUUACCAGGUAACUGAUGUUGCAUGAUUUUUCUCGCUUAUGCACUCGUUAGACUGGUCGUCUCAUGCAUCCCUUUUUUUUUCUUGGCCCUUAAUUCUUUUUGACGUUAC